AUGACACCAGGGACAAUGGGGAAGCAGGUGGUGAUGGGGGAAGCGAUCGGUCAUGUAUCAAGAGCAGUGGCUCAGGUUCUGGCUCCAGUCAUGGAUCAGCACAGUGACGUCAGGUUUGAGGGCGUCAUCACCUCUACCCCAUCCUCCCCUCUCGCCCGUAUCCGUGUCGAAAUCACUCCGCUCCUCCUCACACCUUCUCCAGACACACCCAGCCUUCCUCCAACCACCGAACCAGCAGACCCCUGCAAACCUUCCACUUCCAGAACUUCAUUUCUCUCCACGUGGCAGUUUGUCAUAGAUCCCACGUCAGCAGUCCAAAAGCGCGUGCGAACCCAGGAAGCAGUGUUGGAUAAGCAUGGUGUUGUGACACGGCAUGCAGGAGGGGAAGAUGGAGGUGGAGUAGGGGAGGUGGAGGGGAGUGGAGGAGGAGGGGAUAAUGAAGGGUGGGGAGGAGUAGGGGAGAUGAGAGUGAGGAACUUUAGCCUUAUGCUGAGCACAGUGCUGGGAUCAGAUGGACACCUCUUUCUCCCCGAGGAGAGGGAGCUGUUGGGAGCCUUCCAGGUGCUCCCUCCACCAGCUCAGUAUGUCUUCGUCCGAAUCUUUCUCCGAAAAGGCCCCUGGUUCCUCCUCUCCUCCCUUGUCAAGUCCGUUUCGCUCUCCUCCUCAGGUGGGUCCUUUCACUCUCCGGGUGUGCUAGGCUGCUCUCUUCUUGUGUGUUCAAGUGGUGCGAGGUUUGUGAGAAGCAGCGGAAGGUCUCAGAGUGACAGCACUGCACUGGGUGCAACAGGCACAGCCGUGAGUGCUCCUGGAAACAAGCUGCUCUCCCUGGAGGCUGCAGUGGCAGUGACUCACCGCCUGCUGCCCUUGCACCACCUGCGCUCCCUCGCACUAUCGUUCAACCUCCAGGAAAAGGCAGUCAUCCGUUCAAGAAGAAAGGAGGCUCUUGUCAGACUCCUAGUGCAAGCUCUUACCAGCAACAGCAGCAGCAACCAAUCACAGCACACCACGUCAGCCUCACACUGCACCAACACGCUCAGGGGGGAUAAUAGGGCGGGGUCAGUACAGCUGCCCCUUCUCCAUUCCACGUGCGGAGCAGGGGGCGGGGAGAGGAGGGGGGAUAAGAGGGCGGGCGGGGUCAGUACAACUGCCCCUUCCCCAUUCCAUGUGCAGAGCAGUUGUACCUACCCCGCCCGCCCUCGUAUCCCCCCUCCUCUCCCUCCCCUGCUGGUGAUUUUUGAGGCGCCUAAAAAUUCAAGGGUCACCUUCUCCACCUCCCAUCCCCCAUCCCUCAAACCCAACCCCUCAACCACCACCCCUUUUCGCCUCAACUUCCCCUCCCCUUCCAGGCACAAGCUCUCACGGGCCAUCCUCGCUCUCUCUGGUCCCUGCCUCCGCAUCUCCCCUUGCAUCACCCGCCUUCUUGCCCGAGUGCAGAUAGGGGGAGAGCAAUGCUUUGGACGCACCUCAGACACCCUCCGCGUCUUUGCCUCCACGUCCCUGCUUUUGGAGUCCCUGCCUCCGCAUCUCCCCUCGCAUCACCCGCCUUCUUGCCCGAGUGCAGCGGCUCUUCCUCCUCAACUCCUCCCAAUCCCUCACCACCGUUCUACCUGUGGGCCUUAUGACAUGACCCAUCCCUUCCUGUUCACACCUCCUAUCCUCUCACCCAAAUACCCCCCUGCUUCCCCUCCCCCCUCCCAGCGUCUCUUCUUCCUCAACUCCUCCCAAUCCCUCUCCACCUUUCUGCUGGUCGACUUUGGCUUACGUCGCUACCCCUCCUACCGCUGCCACCGCUCUGCACCGGAAUGGGUGAGGGAAGAGGAGGAGGAGCGGAGGGAGGCAGUAGAGGAAGAAGGAGACGAGGAGGGGGUAGCAGAGGGGGACGAUCUGCAGGCAGAGGGGAGGGAACAGGAGGAGGAGGACGAGGAAGAGGACGAGGAAGUGGACGAGGAAGAGGAGGAAGUAGAAAAAGAGGAGGAGGAUGUGGAUGAGUUGAUGUUGAUGGCAGCACUGGCAGGAGCGAGGCAGCAGCUUCAGCCCCACUCUGACCGCACGUUGCAAGGAAGAGACCAGCAGGGGGGAAAUGGAAACUUACAUGGGGAAGGUUCAUCUGAGGACGAUAUACCUGAUGUAGUCUCUUGCUUCAAUGCAAAAUCAGAGGUUCUGCAGUCGUGGAGGGAUCGGUUCAAGGCGCAGCGCGUGUACGCGGAGGUGCUGUGGCGAGGCGUAGGGUGGCUGGAGAAGCAGAAGCGGUACAACCAGGCAGUAUCAGAUCUGAGGCUGCUAGUCGCCUCGCCCUUUGCCCCCAGGGCCCGCCUAGGCACCUUCUUCCCCCGCCUCUCCACCGACCUGCACCACCUGGGUCUCGUAAAGGAGAGCUUAGAGGCUGCUAGGACGGGAGUUGCAGAAUGCACUGGGGACAGACACGUGGCAGCAGGGGAUUUGCUGGCGCUGCAGCGGCGCGUGGUGCGGCUGGCAAAGCCGCCAAUCAGUUGGAAGCGGCCGAGCUAUGUGUGGUCGGUGGCAUGGCGAUGCAAGGAGGUUCGCAUUGUGGGGCGCCCAGUGAACAGUGAGGUGGGCGCCAAAAGCCGCUUCUACAGCUUGGCUCCCGUUACAGUCACACGCCCUCCUGCUACAGCCACAAGCAGAGGCCCCCACAACUCGGAAAACUUUCACACGGGGGAAGAGUCUAGAGGCAACUGCGAGGAAGCAUCCGCCACACCCUGUGCGUGGUGGGACGAGCAAUGCAGUGUAGAGGAGCUGGCAUUGCAGCACUACGCCAGCGAGGAGGGAGGCGGGUGGAGGGGCGUGCACUGCGAGGGCUCCCUGUGGUCGACCCUGUUCGUUCUGCUCUUCUGGGAUGUCAUCUUCGCCCCUGUGCCUGACGCCUUCCACCAUCCCUUCCAGACCGCCCCUCUGGACUUUGGUUCCCCACAGUUUGCAUCCACCCGGGGCACUCUCAUUCAAGCUCGCCUGGAGGAGCUGCUAGGGGGACGAUGCAGAGGCGAGUGUGUGGGAGAGGGAGGAGAGGUAGGAGAGGGUGGAGAUGGAGGAGUGGGUGGUUAUGAGGGUGGAGAUGGAGGAGUGGGUGGUUAUGAGGGUGGAGAUGGAGGAGUGGGUGGUUAUGAGGAAGGUUUUAUGAAUGAUGAUGGUGCUUGUCCUGUGGACGGCAUUCCUGUGGGCGGCACUCUUGUGGGCGGCACUCUUGUGGGCGGCACUCUUGUGGGCGGCACUCCUGUGGGCGGCACUCCUGUGGACGGCACUCCUGUGGGCGGCACUCCUGUGGACGGCACUCCUGUGGGCGGCACUCCUGUGGACGGCACUCUUGUGGGUGGCACUCCUGCGAGCAGCAUACUCGGUGCUUGUCCUGCAGCUUCUAAUCUCGGUGCGUGUGCUGUGGGCGGCACACUGUUUACUGUGAAGUUGCUGAGGGAGAGAUGGCAGGAGCACCACGGCACUCUGUGUGUGGGCCUGGGGCUUUUGAAUGAAGAGGGGACAGCUGCUCCUGCUGCUCCUGCUGCUGCUGCUGCUCCUGCUGCUGCUGCUGCUGCUGCUGCUGCUGCUGCUGCUGCUGCUGCUGCUGCUGCUGCUGCUGCUGCUGCUGCUGCUGCUGCUGCUGCUGCUGCUGCUGCUGCUGCUGCUGCUGCUGCUGCUGCUGCUGCUACUGUGGCUGCUGCUGCUGCUACUGUGGCUGCUGAUUCUGCAACAGUUGGCAUUGCUACUGCUGCUGCAGCGCCUUCUGUUGAUGCAGAAACUGUCCCAAACGCACCUGGUGUCAGCAGCAGCAGCAGCAGCAGCGGCAGCAACACUGGCCAGCGUUCCAUAAGCCUCUCAGAGCUCACAGAAAUUGUCCUAUGUGCCGGCUGCGUUACUGUAGCCGCCAUCUGUGAGCGGCUGGCAGAAAGCUACAAUACUUGGAGGGGCGGCAUGCCUGACCUGGUGCUCUGGCGGAGAAGCUCGGCCGAACCUCAGCUUUGCGCCAAUGCUCGGAGGGAGCUUCGUGAGUGGAACGCCCUGAGAGGACAUCACUGGGGGGAGGUGAAUGGGCCAAGAGAGGUUUUAUUGGGGUUUUUGAAAAGGGAAAGAGGGAAUUGGGGGGAGGGGCUGAAUGGGGAAAGGGGAGAUCUACUGGGGGAGGUGAAACUGGUGGAGGUGAAAGGGCCGAGGGACCAGCUAUCGUGCCAGCAGACUGCUUGGCUUAAGGCACUGCAGGGCGAUGGGGUGGAUGUGGAGGUGUGCAGAGUGGUGGAGAGGGAAGAGCAGGUACAGAAGACGAGGAGGAAGAGAUAA